AUGCAUUUUGAUGGAGUGGCUUAUGUAAAACCGCAUCUAUUACCACGGUUUUACAUAAGCCACUACAUCAAAAUACAUUUUGAUGUAGACCUCUACUCUACGUUCCAUUGUCCAUGUAGCACCUCCUCUACCUCUUCCUCCAUCUACCUCGCGGAGGAUUUGGUCUUUGGUGAUGCUGCCGCCGUUGAUACCACCAUGUCUUCCUCCUCUACCAGCGCAGAGCAUGACGAAGACCUCCCAAGAGGCCCCAUAAGUUCCAAGAGGUUCUUCUUCUCUCCGCACGCAACAAAAUCCAUAAUGGAGGAGGCUAAACCCGAGCUGGGCACCCGAAAAGUUCUAGCCUUAGGCAACACGUUGUCGAUGAAGGCCGCCUUCUAUGACGAGAGUGUAACGAUGACCAUGUCUUCCGAGGACCCGUACCAGGACUUCAGAGCAUCCAUGGAGGAGAUGGUGGUGGCACACGAGCUGAAGGAGUGGGACAGCCUUCAAGAGCUUCCUAAUUGGUAUCUGAGGCUGAAUGAGAGGAAGAACCGCAAGGUCAUAGUGCUGGCUUUUGUGGAUUUGUUGAUGCAUCUCAUGGAUCAAGAUGAAGAAGUCUUGCCCGAAAGCUAGCCUCCUGGCUACCUCAGUAAGAUAUAUAUGGGCCAUUAUGCAGUGAAUUUGAUAUCAUGAUCAUGCAUCUUCUUUUUCAUCUUUCUUUUUUUCAGUUUUUCUCAGCCAAAAUGUGAGCUUCCUUUCUCACUUGUUGCCUCAGUAAGAUGCAGACCAGUGAGCAGUGAACUCGAUCUCAUGUUCAUGCAUGUAACCUUGGCGCUGCUUUCUCUUCAGGAAAUCAAGAAAGCUAGUAUUUUGCACUUCCUCUAGUGGAAAAACAAUCUUAAAAUGA